UACAGAAUGGUUCAGGUUGGAAGGGACCUCUGGAGAUCAUCUAGUCCACCCCCCUUGCUCAAACAGGGUCACCUAAAGCACAUUGCACAGGAUCGCAUCCAGGCUUAGAGAUGACAUUCAGGAUGAGCUGUCCCAUCACCUUUCCAGGGAUGGAGUCCUCAGGCACCUCUCCUGUUCUCCAUGACCUUUCAAAGAUGAUGGAGUGUGGCCUAGCAAUGAUGGAGCGUGGCCUAGCCACUCUCAGUACAUCCUGUGGGCAGAAGAGCAAAGUGAUCUACCCAAUCUCAUUGCCAGAAAACCUGCUGGUUUCUUGCCUCUUUCUGCGGAUGGUGGUUGAUGGAGAGGCUCCCUGGGAGCAGGGCGAGCAGCAGCCGCGGGCGCUGCGGCCGUGCCGCGUGUCGAGCAGGCCUCCGAAGGCUCCCGCUCUUUCUCCAGCUCUCCCGCCGAGCCCACUUCCCUCCAGGUCUCUUUCUGCUAGGGAAAUCCAGUGCCUCAUCACGGCGAGUCCGGUGGCCCUGGGCCGCGCUGCGGUUACCGGCGGCUUUUGCCCUGGCAGCUCUCCAGUGGGAGGUUUGCAGCCCAUCCCUUGGCGCCCAGGAACCCAGCCUGUCACGGCCACAGCUCCGGGAUGCUUUUUAGGCAGCACUGUCAGUCAGGAAGCCUUUCGGAGGCAGAGAGAAGCCUCUCUGGGGACACCAGAGCAGUUUCAGAGCCUGCACACUGUAUGA